AUGUCACAAUACAAACUGCCAAUGUCACAAAUCAAUGAAGAGGAGUUGGCUGCAUUUGACCCGUACUAUACACCUCGCCAUCCACCUUCGGCUACACUAUCGCCAUUGAGUACAACUGAGUCAUCAUCCGCAUCGGAGCAAUCACUGUCGCGACAUUCACUCCACCCAAAAACCCUAGUUUUCAAUUUUAUCAAUUCAUUCAGACCAUUUGAUUAUUCUACUUUACCACCAGUCUACCUUGAACAUUUCCGCAAAUUAGAUGAACGGCAAGAGCGCCAGGGUGAUGUUGAAUAUAUACUGAGUUUACAGGACAAUGAAGCAAAUCAAUUUCGACUGCGAAAGGAAGAAAGGGAUGGUGCACAUCUACAUCCAGCACACCCUGAUUUUGAUUACUCGACAUUCAGUCAACUAGAAAAAGACGCCAUUAUAACAUCAAUGAGUCCGCUAAGUAAACGUCUACGUACACGACAUUUGACAUGGAUAUCACUUGGAGCAAGUAUAGGGCUGGGAUUGUUUAUUACAUCUGGUUCAUCACUAGCACAUGCAGGUCCAUUGGGUUUACUACUUGUAUGGAUGUUUAUUGGCAGUUUUGCAUUCACCACCAUGGCAAGUUUAUCUGAACUAGCAACUGCAUUCCCAGUGAGUGGUGCAUUUGUUACAUUCCCCACCUUGUUUAUCGACAAGUCAGUGGGGUUCGCCAUUGCUUGGAAUUAUGCUCUUCAAUGGUUGGUGACUAUGCCAUUGCAGCUUGUUGCCGCAGCAUUGAGUAUUCAGUAUUGGAAUAACCGUCUUCAUCCAGCCAUAUUUGUCACCAUCUUCUACGUUGUUAUUGUGCUUAUCAACUUGUUUGGUGUCAAGGGGUAUGGGGAGAUUGAAAGUUUCCUAAGUUUACUCAAAGUGGUUGCUGUUGUUGGGUUCAACAUUUGUGGAAUCAUUAUUGUUGCCGGUGGUGUACCGGGACAACCAUAUAUUGGAGGUGCUAAUUGGCAUAAACCACAGGGUGGAUUGUUCAAUGAGCACUCACCAUUCAAAAAUAUGUGUUUCAUCAUAUCCAAUGCAUCUUUCGCAUUUGCUGGGAUUGAGCUAUUUGCUUUGGCGGCAGUUGAAUCGGCAACCCCAAAAACUUCUAUUAAUAAGUCAAGAAAACAGAUCUUUUAUCGAAUCAUUGUGUUUUACUUGUUGUCGAUUGUCAUGAUUGGGUUUCUUGUAUCAUACAAAAACCCUGAAUUGGAAGGUUCAACUGAUGGACUCAUCGAUACAAACACAUCCCCCUUUGUCAUUGCCAUCAAGUUGGCCAAUAUCAACGCUUUACCUUCGAUAAUGAAUGCGGUAGUGAUAAUCACAGUCAUCUCUGUUGGAAAUGCAUCAGUUUUUGCAUCCACUAGAGUCCUCAAUGCCAUUGGUGCUCUAGAACAAGGACCCAAAUUUCUCAACUACAUCGAUCAGAAAGGACGACCCAUGGGAUGUCUUGUGAUUCAAUUUGUAUGUGGUUUACUUGCAUACCUCGUGUGCAUCCCCGGUUACUCAACAACAUUGUCAAUUUUCCAAUGGCUAUUGAGUUUGAGUGGAUUGAGUGCAUUAUUCACCUACUUGGUGAUAAAUAUAUCGCAGCUUCGAUUUCAUGCUGCCUUGAGCCAUCGUGCACGAGUUGCUCGUGAUGAAUUACUUUAUGUUUCUCCAAAUUGGGUGUCGUGGUAUGGUAUAGUAACGAUUGUUGUCACUUUAGUGCUACAAUUUUGGGCGGCAUUGUGGCCUCCUGGUGGAGGCGUUGAUGUGGUUUCAUUUUUCCAGAUUUAUUUGGGUGGUAUUGUAUUGAUUGUCAGCUAUUUGGUGCAUAAAGUGUAUGAUUACUGGUAUAAUGGCGUCCCCUUGACGAAAGUGUGGUUGAAUGUUGAUGAAAUCAAUGUUGACAUGGGACGUCGACAAGUUGACUUGGAGGCAGUAAAACAGGAAAUUGCUGAGCAAAGGAAUGUUUUAGAGAACAAGCCCUGGUGGUUUAAAGUGUAUAAUUUUUUUUGUUAA